AUGGCUAAAGACAGUGUAGAUAAGUUAUCCAUGGAUAUUCUAGACGAUGAUUUUGUACAGAUUUUUAAACCAAUCCAUAUGAUGCAGUAUUUACUCGGAACGAUGCAAGUUAAAAUAAAAUAUGGAUUCGUAACGACAACAUCGUAUGGAUACGACGUAUUCUGUAUAGUCGUUUGGCUUAUCCAUAUAAUGUCAUUGUUUAUUUUCAUUGUUUACUGUGAUUCUUCAACUGAUUCUAUACUGACCGAUUUCUAUUUAAAAUUGGGACAUACUUUAAAUGGCUUGAUAAUAGCGACGGUAACGAUUAAAAACUUUUGCAAUGGAAAUUCAAGUAGCCAGUUAUAUGUGAAAUUACAAAAAAUAGACAGAGAACUUUAUGCAACAAGGAACAAUAUUAAACGUAUAUUAUUGUUACUAGAAGUAAAGAAGAAAAUAUCAAUUUACGAUAUUUACAACCUGGAUAGUCAGCUACCAUUAAACUUAGUAGCGAUUACCGCUACCUAUACGAUUGUACUUUUGCAGUUUGCGUUAUUACGUUAA